UCCAGCUGCUCUGCACUACCGCCAAAGAGGAAGCCAUCGUUAUCUGUUGUUUCCUGUUUUCAGUAGCUAGUUGCUACAGUUUUAUACAUAAUUUUAAUUUUAUUCGAUAUUUAUAUAGUAAUGCUCCUUCUUCAGAGUAUUUAUGAACACUAAAAGAGUCCUCCUGAGCUGUACUGUUGUCUCGCUGCAGGACACUCGGUUUGUGUAUCCGUGCUGUAAAUCCUGUCUGUCCAGAUUAACACAGGAGUCUAAGUUAAGAAGCCGGUGUCCCAAGUGUGGCUUCACAUGUGAUACACAAAAUGUGGACUACAGAUUCCGGCUGUCACUAAAAGUGUCUCGAGAUACAAGUCUGUUUGGAGUGACGGUUUUUGGAGGUUGUCUGAAUCCUUUUUUCGGCAUUACAGCUAGUGAUUUACAGAGAUUUGUAGAGUCAGAAAAGUUUGCAGGACCACAGAGUUUAUCACAACUACUAAUCAAAGCUGUGGAGGAUUGCUUUAUUGGAAAAUGUUUAGUUUUUGGAUUUAAGCUUUCCGGCCGUGCUGCAGAGAGUUGUUUACUUGGCGAACACACUGCUGAAUCAGUGCAGUUCGUGGCCUGUCAAGUCAUUCCUCCUCAUGGAGCUUUUCUGGGCGUCACUGUUUUUGCAUAUUUGCAAAGCCUUAUGCAGGCAAAUGCUCGCUCAGAAUGUUCUCCAAAAGCUGGCGGUCAGUGGCAGCAGAAAGAUACGCCGGUGAGCAGCUUUGAUCACACGCUGCCCCUGUGUCAGGACUCGCGGUCCGAAAACAGCAAUGACGGAUUAACCCUCCCACAUGCAUGGCAUUCAGUGUCAGACCUGGUUUUAUGCUUCUCUCCAGAGGAAACAGGAGGAUGCUCUUUACCAGAGGUUUCAGCGGACGAUGAAUCCCAAGAGCCUUUGGUCUUGCAGUGGUCAAAUGGUGUGCCAAGUGCCAAAUUGUGCCCCGUCAGGCUUUCUGAAUCAAAACAUGGAGAGCAUAACAGACUCUCUACGUCACAUGAGUCUUCGUUUAAUGCUUCAUUUAUGUCCCCCAUAAAAACCACACCCUGUGAUCAUGAAUUGAAAAGCUUAUCCUUUAAUCAAUGGGCUUCAACUGACUGUCUUAGCCAAUUUAAUACAUCUUUUGCCAAAAAGCCACUUUUCAGUCACACCAGUUUCGCUUUAGAGGAUGCACCUCUGUCGGAAACCUUAGGAGAUUUUGUCAGCAUAGAGCCACAGAUUGUUAAUCAGAAAGUGCUCAGUUCCACCAGUAAAAGAGAUCAAGCCACGCCUGAAAACAGUGUUCUGCCUGAAAAUGAUACAAUUCCCAGGUAUACGUCAGAGGUCCGAUCACUGCACUCUUCCCUUUCUGUUCUCACACCACUGCGUGAUGUUACCAAUGAUGAGAAGUCACUGAAAAGAAAGAAUAGAAAGCGAAAAACCUCCUCAGUGUCUAAACAUAUUACGAAACUAUCACAUGUCUCUAAGGAGUUGCUCUCCUGUGACAUAAAGGAUGUGGUCUCAAAAAGAAAUGGAGCUACUAAUGUGCAAAGUCAUGCCACAGAAGAGCAAGAAAAUCAAUUGAAUGGCUAUGAGGAUGCGUACAAUUGUUCAGCAGACCUGUUUCACCAAAGCAGCUUGAACAUUUUAGAUGUGGCUGAGAGCUCCGUCUCUGACACUGAUCCAAAAAAGCAAGACCGUCUUGCUGAUAUCAACGUUUCUGAGCCUAAUAUUUCGACUUUCCAUUUUGCUCCUUCUCUGCAGUCAACCCCUAUUGUGGAUCCAUCCAUCCAGUGCGCAUAUGGACAGCGGCGUAAACUCAGCAAAAAAUGGUCGGGCUUGCAUUGGUCUAAGAAAAGAAUUACUCGUACAAGCCAUAUCAGAGAUCUGCAAAACCACACUAAUAACGGACAAGAGAUGCAGGUGUUAAAAUCUAAAUUGAAUCAGACUUGGCGUUCUGAUUCUGCUUUUGAAACCUCUGAAUGUUCAGCAGGUGGCUCUGAGCUGAAAGUGGAUAUGAAACACACGCCUAGAGACUCUGCUUUACCCACCGCCACUAAUGACUGCUCCAGAGACCUUUUUGAUCCUUCAUUCUGAGUACUGAUUUAAAAAAAAAAAAAAAGAUAAUCUCAAUAAUCUUCAAAUAUUACUGAAGAGAGUUUCUGAGUUGUAGGGAAAUAAAUCUGAGAGGUUUGUUGUUUUCUUAGUAAUUGAGUUUGUUACAAUGUUAUUAAUGUUUUAUAUCUUGUUCAUUUUUAACAGAAAAUAUUAUUUUUUGGACAUAAGGCUGCUCUACUGCUUUUUCUUGCCACUUUGUUAGCGACUGGGCCACUUUGUUAACUAAAUAUGGUUGUACAUUCCAUGUAUAGUGAAAAUAUAUUCAGGAAAUGUGAUAUGAUAUUUUUUUUACCUACGAUAUACCCAUUGUCGUUUAUUUGGAGAGAAUAUCAACUUGACAGAAGCAAAACCUGUUUCAUUGGUUAUUAUGCAACCAAGACUAAUCACUUGUGUUAAAAAUCAUGUGGUUUUGUAGUACAGGCCUUGAUAACAAUGCAAGCCUUACUUGUCCUUCAACACUACAUAUGCGUAAUGAUGACUGGGGAAUGUGGAGGUCAGGGUUAUUAAUGUAAAGUAUAUAUGCAAUGUAUGAAUUUAAAUAGAAGUCAUCAGACAUAGCCCAUGGAGUCUAGGAAAAUGAAAAUCAAUUUUGUAUAAUGUAUAAAUGUACAAGUUUGAUGCAAUACAGAUUUUGAUAAUAAAAAAUAAAUUUCCAUACAAUGGAAGUUCUUUUAAAUCAUA